AUGACGGCACUCCCCGACUCCCUUCUGGCCUCAUUUAAGUGGGCAGAGAAGGCAGUUGAAUGGUGCAGAGCGCAUGGCGACUCACAAUUCUUUGACGAAUGUGAGCGCUUGCCAGUGAGCACUUGGUUUUCUGGCUACGGCUGCAUGGAAGAAGCUCUCACUAUGCUUAAUGCAGCUCUUUCUGGACCCGAUGGACGGCAAGCGUUCCAAAGUGCAUACCAGGUGGAAAUCAUGGCGAAGGCUAGGCACUUCGUGGAGCCCCGGCUUUCAGAGACGGUGUGCCAGCACGCAGACAUUAUGCGCUUCCUGACGCAGGAAGCUCGGGAAACCAUCGACAAGAUCGAGAAGACCGAACAGGAACCAGCAGAACCAAUUUGGAAUUAUUUGAAAAGCAUUGAGCUUGAGAAGUCGGCCCUGUGCCACCGUCAUCGCUUAAG